AUGGAAGAACUAGAGAAAGGCACAACUUUUUUUACACAAGUUCAUUGGCAAAUUCACCGUCCCAACGUCCAUUCUCUAGUUCUUCGUUCGGGUGAAUAUAAAAUCGAUAAAAUGAAUAAAAAUUACAUAAAAUGUUUCUCAAUAAAUGACAAAAACGUGACGGGAAUCUCGUGUUUCGUGCCUUUGGAGACACCUCACAAUGUUCCAACUACAGAACUCAGCGAACCAGAAAUCCCUUGUUACUUUCUUCCUGAAAACAUGGACCUUCCCGAAGGACUGGCUUUGUUCUAUACCCACAAGAUGAAGCUUCGGUUUCCUUCGAAUACCCAAACAGGAUUGCACUUCGUUAUCGCACCUACGAUACGUAUGACAAAAAAUAACUAUGUACAAGCGGUGAAAAACUUGAACUGGCACUUGUGUACCAUCAAGGCCGCUGCGAAGAUUACUGAGUUGGUCUGCUCUGAUGAUGAUUUGGAUGGUGUAGAAGACGCUCGAAUGGUAGAAUUAUACUGGCUCACGGAAAUCUGGUACGAAAAGGCAAUGGAUGCCAUGGAUCGUAUUCACGCCAUCGACAUUCACACAUGGAUCGCGCUAGAAAAGCCAUCUUUCCAAGAUCUUCUUCAGCACGAAUCUCGUGCGCAUAUCGUGUUUUCAGCCCUCAUUCGUAUGAAAGUUAAUAGGUUCGUGACCUAUGUGACAGAGCUGAUGCAUCAGAAAGACAUUUUAGGUGAACUGAAGAACGCUUUCGGCAGGGUUUACAAUGAAAAUCAAUUAGUCUCAUGUUCCUCUGAAGCUAUUUUACACCUUUGGUGUCGAUAUGUGAAGCCGCCAGACUACUUCCUUCUCGAAUCACCCAACGAUUGGAGACUUACAAACAAGAUUUUCGUAAUUACGAAAUUUCUCAAUGGAGCUCAAAAUGAAUCAAGUUCAAUCAUAGAACAUAUUGCCAAAAAGAUUAAUGAGAAACGUUUAACGCGGUAUUACUUGACUCAUCAACCAAAGUUUACAACCUUUAAAUCUGAUGUCGAAAGAACCGUUGCUGAGCGUGUCUUGGAACAAUCAAAAAUAAUCGCGACGUUACAGUCUUUCUCAGAAUAUCGAGAAAUUACGACAGAAAAUCAACAAACGAAUGAACUGAUUGAGCAAAUUGGUCAACAAGGAAUAUUAUUUCGUAAAUUAACUUCUGAUGGUUAUGCCAAUAGUAUUCGAUCAGCCAAUCUCGCCGGGGAUGUUAUUUUCUAUCUCAACAAGAUUGCUGCAGAACCGCUUGAGGAUAAAGAACUUUUGGACGUGUUAAAUGAUCGAAGUUUAGUUGGAUCUGCUGUCAUAAUUGGCGGAUUAACCACACUAUUAUCCUUAGCGACUCCUUCGGUUAAUAGGGCUAGGAUUAGAACACUUCCACAAAUAUUUAAUCUAGCUGCUGCAGCUGGUGGAGUAGCUAUGACUUCGAUAUUGGAAAAUUUAAAUACGGCAUCCCAACAUACUAUCGAAGAAAAUUCUAAAAUCUUAAAAGAUAUUGAAGCAAUCAACACCACAAUAGACUCAAUUGUUAAAGUGACUCAAGUAUAUCGUGAUUUUUGGGCGAAGAUAUUGAAAAAUCUUGGGAAUACUAAAGAAAAUAUUACCGAGUCGAACAAAACUGUUGCUGAAGGAUAUAUAAACGGAUGGGAAAAAAUCAAAAAUACUUUCGAUGAUUAUUGUGAGAUGCUUAAUAAAUGUUUAGAACACUAA